AUGACCAAAACUGACGAUUCGACCGUAAAAUGGAUACAAAGUAAUAAAAAAUUAAAUAGUAAGGUAGCACGCUGGGCACCACAACUCCAAGGGUAUAAUUUUGACGUUAAACAUAAGACAGGACAGAAGAAUCUAAAUGUGGUUGCACUUUCAAGGAGGGAGUAUAUACAGGACCAAUGUUCAAAGGACCAAGGACCAGAGCAGAUACAAGACCCAGAUGUACCAGGCUAUGAAGUUAACAUAGCAUCUACAUCAAGUCAAGCUCAACAGUUGAGCCAAAAAGAAUAUGCUAUGGCAACCUUCGUGUAUCAUGCGGAUACGCAAAAAACUGCUAGUGUAUGCAACAUUGACACUCAGCAAAAUUUGGAAGAUGAGCCUGAGGAUGAUAUCGAUGACAGCCAACUCAAAGACUUCCAUGAAGAAUUUCACACUAAUUCUGAACUUUCCCAGUUACAACAGCAAUGUCCAGAUUUUGACAGCAUUUUAGCUACAAGAAGGAUGGACUGGUGCCAGAAAACCAUAUUACUGCAAGACAGCGCUUCUAAGUGGUGUGAGGCAUUCUCACUGAAAACACAAUCUGCAAAUGAAAUUGCCCAUGUUUUGUUUAGAGAAAUUUUCACUCGUUAUGGUGCACCACGAACCUUAGUUUCGGAUCGCGGCAGAAAUUUUAUGUCAUCACUCAUUCAAGCUCUAUCGGAAAUGUUUCAAACAAAGAGUCUUUUCGAGCUCAAAUUACGCACAAACUCGGCCUGCGAGAGAAUGAACUUUGUUAUUUUACAACAAUUGAGAAUACGUUGCAAUGAGAAGCAGAACACAUGGCUUGAUGUGUUACCAGCAAUAAUGAUGUCCUAUCGCAUGACACCAGUGACUCAGUCAAUGUUACAUUCUCCGUACUAUAUACUAUAUGGACAAGAGAUGAGAAUGCCAAUCGAUUCAAGUCUUAUUCCAAAACCAACCCUACCACAAAAUUUCCGAAUUCAACUCUCACAACACCUGGAGAAUCUAGACCUAACAAGGAAAUAA